GCCUUCGACGUCGCUUUCACCUACACCUUCACCUCCGCUUUCGCCGUCGCCGUCGCCGUCGCCGUCGCUUUUGCUGUCAUGUCGACCCUUGCUCCAAAUGGCUGCCUGCGGCGUUUUUCUGUGGUCUGUCCUUGUGAGCCAAUCCCAACGCCUCUCGCCCUCUCGUUGCCCUCUCGUUGCUUUCUCGUUGCCCUCUCAUUUGACUCUCUCUUUCCUUCUCAUUCAGCUCCACAACUAGCCACUCCCUCCUCCACACAAUUGACCCCCGGUUCGGUGACCAUGGCUACUUUUGCUUCAACUGCGAUCGGACAACUGCGGCGACAGUCUCCAAAUGCAUCAAUUUUGGAUAUUUGUCCUCGUCGCCAAGUUCAGCCUCUCUUGUUUCUCCUCGUCUGCAAGCAAUGCCUUGAGGGUAAUGCCAACUCGGUUAGUGUGUGUGCCAGACUCAGGGACCCUUUCCGGCCUCCUCUGCUCGAAUUUAGGAGAACCCAAAACCCUUUGAAAGGGCCAAAUAAUGAAGAACGUCUGAAAGCAACAGAUGCCAUGACAGACAGGAUUGUCGAAACUCUUGGAGGAUCUGGUUGUUGUAGAAGUCUUGACCCAAAGCGUGAACACGAGAGAGACCUAUUUCGUGGCGAAAUUUCAUUGUCCCAGGCAUUUUCACAACGUGGAUACGCCUUCACCCACCGACGACGGUAA